GCAAUGGAGGUGGCGCCGUUAAGUUUCUGUUUCAUAGUCCUAGCCACUCUGCUAGCCCUUUGGUUCCUCAAGCUCUCCGUCUCCCGCCCCAAGACCAAACACACGAAGCAACAGCUUCCUCCUGGUCCAUGGACUCUUCCCAUCAUCGGCGCCCUCCACCAUGUCAUAUGCACGUUACCUCAUCGCAGACUAAUAGAGUUAUCUCGCCGUUAUGGGCUGGUGAUGCUGCUCAAGUUAGGCGAGGUCCCGACAGUCGUUGUCUCCAGCGCCGAGGCGGCGGCUUUGGUGCUAAAGACUAACGACCCCGUGUUCGCUGAGCGUCGGAGCACCACGUCGCAGGACAUGGCCGGCUGCGGUGGCAGGGGCAUCGUCUUCGCGCCCUACGGCGACCACUGGCGCCAGAUGCGCAAGGUAUGUGUCGUGGAGCUCCUCAGCUCCAGCCAGGUGAGGCGCAUGGAGGGCAUCAGGACCGAGGAGGUGGGCAACCUCCUGCGCUACGUCGCCGACACCGCCUCCACCGGCGGCACAAUCAACAUCAGCGAGAAGGUGAUGGCGCUAAGCAACGGUGUCGUGUCGCGGGCAGCGUUUGGCGGCAAGUUUACAGAACAGGAGGAAUACAUCCGCGAGCUGGACGUGAUGCUCACUCUGCUAGGCGGCUUCUCCCUCCUCAACCUCUUCCCGUCAUCACGGCUGGCACGGUGGUUCAGCAUCGACGCGCGCCGCUUACAGAGAAGCUAUGACCGCAUGCAACACAUCAUCGGAAACGUCAUCGAGGGGAAGCAGCAGGCCGAGCGAGCGGCCUGUGACGUCGCCUGCUGCGCCGACAACGAGGACCUGGUGGACGUGUUGCUGAGGCUGCAGAAGGAGGACUCGUCGGAAUCGCCCCUAACCAGAGAGAGUAUAUUCGCCGUACUGAUUGAUAUAUUCGCUGGUGCAACAGAUACCACAGGAACUGUUUUGGAAUGGGCCAUGUCCGAGCUUGUUCGUCAUCCUGAUGUCAUGACGAAGGCAUAUCUAGAGAUCCGGAAGGUGCUAGGUGAAGAUCGAUCUUUCAUUACAACCAGAGACAUUCCCGAGCUACCUUACAUGCGCAUGGUCAUUAAGGAGGUUCUUAGGCUACAUACACCAUUCCCUCUAAUCCCCCGGAUGACUAGAAAUGACUGCAAAAUUCUGGGUUAUGACAUGCUAAAAGGCACCACUGUCCUCAUUAACGCCUUUGCAGUGUCCAGGGAUCCAGCGUAUUGGAAAAAUGCUGAAGAUUUUAUUCCCGAGAGAUUUGAGAACAAUAACAUCCAAUAUGUUGGGGCACACUUCGAAUUCACCCCGUUCGGGGCUGGGCGAAGGCAGUGCCCAGGGAUGAUGUUCGCCACAUCAACCUUGGAGUUAGCUUUGGCAAACCUUAUCUACCACUUUAAAUGGGUGCUUCCUGGCGAGGGCAGCCCGGAGUCACUAGACAUGUCCGAGAAAUUUGGGGUUACAGUAGGCAGAAGAAAUGACCUAUAUCUGAUUGCAGUUCCACGUGGAUGCUUCAACGGCUGUACAUAUAUGUAGACACAACA